UGUUUGGAUUUGCAAAGAAAAAGAGGAUCUGAGCAUGCCUUGUUUAUCGCAGGUCAGACCCUGAGAAAGGCUGAGAAAAGCCGAUCCUGCUCGCGGGCGAAGAAGGAGGGUUACACUAAGGACAUGGUGACAGACUUUGAUGAGAAACAUGAUGAGUAUUUAAUAUUGCUUCAGCAGAGGAACCGGAUAUUGAAGCAUUUGAACGCCAAGGACCCGGUGCAGCUGCGGCUGCAGCACCUGGAGCAGGGCUUCUCCGUCUACGUGAAUGGCGCUAACUCGGAGCUGAGGACGUUGCCUCGGAAGGCCGUGCACGCGGACUUCUCCAGAAGCGCCUCCCAGGCCGACGGGAUGCACGAUUAUGGACAAAGAAGCCUGCUUCAAGAAGCGGAAGAAGCCUUACGGUGCGGCUCCCGGACCACGCCCUGCAAAGUCCAGCGCCGAGGAUGGCACCAGAAAUCGGUGCAGAUCAGAACAGAAGCCGGCUCUCGACUGCAGCUCGCGCCUCCUCCGGACUGCUCGGAAGAUUCUGAGCCCUGUGUGGACGUGCCUGCCACGGCCAGGGAUGCUUCUGGGGACCGUCCACAGGAGCUGAGGAAAAGCCUGGAACUUAGCACACAUCUACAAAGGAAGCAAAAGGAUUCUAGUGAUGAGUACAGCUCUAUUGAAGAAGACAUCCUCUCUGAGCCCGAGGACCAGGCACCCCUGGGCUGUCCCAGCGGCGACCCCGCUCUUUUCAGUGUGGACUCAGGGCAGAACAGCUUUCCUGAGGACCAGGAGCAGGAAGGCCAGCUUGCCUCGGGCAAAGACGCCCUCACAGUGCUGGAAUUCAAUCAGGCUUCCAAAGGUCAUAAGAUGGAGAGGACUUUGCCUGCCAAGCUGAAGGACAACGCUGAGGUCUUCAUUCCCAGCAAACCGGAGCCAAACCUGAAUUCCCAGCCCCCCACCACAUUUCUGGAUCAGGACAGGGGGUGCUCCAGACCUGGCAGCCGCCGGGAAAGACCCCUGUCAGCACCCCGCAAAGCCCUGUGUGCCACUGAGGACCGAGAGGAGGACGCUUUGGCUGUGCUCCGAGCCAUCCAGGUGGAGAACGCCGCCCUGCAGAAGGCGAUGCUCGCCAGAAAGGCUGAGCCCCCUGCCAGGCCACCGCAGGGUGCAGAGGGACCUCCAGCCAAGCCCCGGACCGGUCCGAUGAAAGCCAAGGAGGGAGCGCUGGAGUCACUUCCCAUGGGCAUGGUGACCACUGUGCCAGGGCCGCCCAGGACAGCAGGGGGAGGCCAGGCCAUCCACCAAACCACGCCCAGGAGUGGCCUCUCAGGAAGCAGACAACAGCCGAAGGUUCUGGAAGUCCUGCAGCAGGCCAUUGAAGGUGACUCCACCCAUCCCACAGAGGUUGCAGCCCCAAGCGAGGAGAGAGUGCUGGACUCCGAGCAUACAUGGACGCUGAGAGCCGGAGAGACCAGAGACACCGUGUGCGUGGCCUUGGAGAUCCUGUCCAACUGGGGCAACCCGUCGCGGGUGGGUCUCACAGAAGUGGAGUUCUUUGACCUGAACAACACGAAGCUCUACGUGUCGCCCCACGACGUGGAUGUCCAGAACACCGUGACGCCCGGGGAGCUGGGCUGCCUGGUCAACAGGAACCCAGCUAGCAAGAAGGAGCCCUCGGUGUGGACCUGCCCCUUCCACACACCACUCCACCUCUCCUUUGUCGUCCGCAGUGCGGGACAGCUGCACGACUUUGGCCUGGCCACGGUCAAGAUCUGGAAUUACUGGACUGCAGAUGAGGAUCUUGACAUUGGUGCCAAGAAUGUGAAGCUUCGUGUCAACCGAAACCUCAUCUUUGAUGGUGUGUUAGACAGAAGCGUCGGGGAGGGCCCGGCAGGCCACACCAUCUCCGUUGACCCCAAGAAGGAGAGCAGCGAGCAGACCAAGACCACCCUGGGUGCCCAUGGGGAGGACAGCGGAGACGUCCCCGCGGCGGCGGGCGUGGGUGGGGAUGAGGAGCUCCGUGUUAGCUACUCACAGCCAGCUGAAAGUGUGGUGGCUGUGAAGGUCGCUGCACAGGCGGCUUCUGCGCAGGGAAGUGUACUUGGCAAAAAGAUGGAUUCUGCUAACUGCGUGAAAGACGCUUGGUCCAAGUUAGAGGAAGAUUUAAGAUUGCUGACAGACCCGGGCGCCAUGGGCGACCUGCCCAGUGUCCUGUCACACUCUCCACUGGGGACGUGCCCGCCUCUGGGCAUACAGCCGUCUCUGAUCCAGCAGCUCGAAGACCUCACCGGCCGGAAAAUCUCUGAGCCACCCAGGAAAACCCCAUGCUGGUUACAGCCCUCUCCUAUGGGGAAGGACAGGAAGCAGGUGGAGAAGAAGCCCAAGCCCCUCUGGCUUGGUCCUGAGAAGCCACUGGACUGGAAGGGGAUCCUCCCACCUGAAGAUGCCAUGCUUGGGGGUUCUGGAGACCCUGGGGCCAAGGACAGAAGCCCCCGGCAGGAGCAAGGGCGGAGGACCAGCUGGAAUGUCAUCGCUGGGGAGAGACCUCAGAGGGCAGUGCCCAAAGCCAGUGGUGACGACUUAGACCUCUUCAAGCAGCCCCCCAACAGGGAGCACCCUGCCAGUGGGCGGCGGGCCCCGAGGAAGGAGGCUGUCAGCGGCAAUCGCGGUGAUGAGCAGCCCGCCGGCAGAGAAGACGCCCAGGCCACCAGGACACCACCACGAUCACGCUGUCGCACUGAGCAGGAACACAUGCUGCACGAGUCGUGGGACUCCCUCAGUGCCUUCAACCGCUCCCACCGGGGCCGCAUCUCCCACCUGGAGCCCCAGGGGGACAUCUUGGACGAGUUCCUGCAGCAACAGAGGAGCAGCCGGGCCAGGGACCAGCCACCACCCUGCAGGGAUGAAGAGCCAGAGCCAUCAAAGGGGCAGGGUGACUGCUCCGUAGAGACAGAUGACAGCAAUGACUUCAAAAUCCCCGUCUUGCCUUAUGGACAGCACCUGGUCAUCGACAUCAAGUCCACAUGGGGUGACAGACACUACGUGGGGCUUAAUGGGAUUGAGAUCUUCAGUUCCAAGGGGGAGCCAGUGCUAAUCUCAGCCAUUGCAGCAGACCCGCCUGACAUCAACGUUCUGCCUGCUUACGGGAAAGACCCCCGGGUGGUCACCAACCUCACUGACGGGGUAAACAGGACGCAGGACGACAUGCAUGUCUGGCUGGCCCCCUUCACGCCAGGCCAGCCCCACCGCAUUUCCAUUGACUUCAUGCACCCUUGCCAUGUUGCCCUGAUCAGGGUUUGGAAUUACAACAAAUCCAGGAUCCAUUCCUUCCGCGGCGUGAAGGACAUCGUGAUGGUCCUGGACGGACAGUGCAUCUUUGACGGAGAGAUCGCCAAGGCCUCCGGGACCCUGACAGGAGCGCCGGAGCACUUCGGAGACACCAUCUUAUUCACCACCGACGAUGACAUCCUCGAGGCCAUUUUCUGUGCGGACGAGACUUUCGGGGCUGACGUGGAGAGGCUGGGUGACCUGCAGCUGGAGGAGGCACUGCGGAGGCCCAGCACGGCCGACAGCGACGGGCAGGAGCGGCCCUUCACGCAGGCAGGCUCGGGCGCCGAGGACCGGGUCCCCAGGCCUGAGCUGCCACCCAGCGUCCCUGUCCCUGAGGUGACCACGCCGGAACCAGGAAUCUACCAUGGGAUCUGCCUCCGGCUGAACUUCACAGCCUCCUGGGGGGACCCACACUACCUGGGUCUCACUGGCCUGGAGGUGGUGGGCAAGGAUGGCCAGGCGCUGCCCGUCCACCUGCACCAGAUUUCUGCCUGCCCCCGGGACCUGAAUGACCUCCCGGAGUACACAGAGGACUCCCGGACCCUAGACAAGUUGAUUGACGGCGUCAACAUCACCACGGAGGACGAACACAUGUGGCUGGUCCCCUUCUGGUCGGGGCUGGACCACGUGGUCACGAUCCGCUUCCCCAGGGCCGAGAGCCUGGCCGGCCUGCGCUUCUGGAACUACAAUAAAUCUCCCGAGGACACCUACCGGGGGGCCAAGAUCGUGCACGUGUCACUGGACGGCCUGCGUGUCUCUCCUGCUGAAGGCUUUCUCAUCCGGAAGGGCCCUGGCAACUGCCACUUUGAUUUUGCUCAGGAAAUCCUCUUUGUGGACUACCUGCAGGCUGGGCCACCGCCCCCGCUGGCCAGGAGGCUGGACACGAGAGGCCUGGAGCGGGCAAGCAUGGACUACGAGGCCCCGCCCAUGCCAUGCGGCUUUAUAUUCCAGUUCCAGCUCCUGACCAGCUGGGGCGACCCCUACUACAUUGGCCUCACCGGGCUGGAGCUGUAUGACCAGCAAGGACAGAAGAUCCCCCUGUCGGAGAACAAUAUCGCUGCCUUCCCUGACAGCGUGAACGCGCUGGAGGGAGUCAGCGGGGACGUGAGGACCCCUGACAAGCUCAUCGACGAGGUGAACGACACCAGCGAUGGCAGGCACAUGUGGCUGGCCCCCAUCCUGCCAGGCCUGGUGAAUCGGGUUUAUGUGAUUUUCGAUCUACCCACCACCGUGUCAAUGAUCAAGCUGUGGAAUUAUGCGAAAACGCCCCAUCGAGGGGUGAAGGAGUUUGGCCUCCUGGUGGACGACUUGCUCGUGUACAACGGGAUCCUGGCCAUGGUGACACACCUGGCAGGGGGCAUCCUGCCCACCUGUGAGCCCACAGUGCCCUACCACACCAUCCUUUUCACGGAGGACAUGGAUGUGUGUCAUCAGGAGAAACGUACGGCUAUCAGUAAUCAGGCGGAGGACCAGGACGUCCAGAUGAUGAAUGAAAACCAGGUCAUCACCAACUCCAAGAGGAAACCAAGCACGGCAGAUCCAGCCUUGCGCCCCAAAACCUGCAUAAGUGAGAAGGAGACGUCGAGGCGGUGGCGGUGCUGAGGGCAGGAGAGCCAGCCUCGUCAUCAGUGUCAUUGGCAUAGGACCCAGGACCGGAAGAGCAUCACAGCGUGAAGAGACGGGGCACCUGCGUGACUGGGGGACAGCAGCCCCGGGAGCUGCGGGGCUCAGACGGGGCGGGGCGAGGCAGCGCCCUGUCCUCAGGGUCCUCGGGGAGCGAGGCCCUGGGGAAAUGACCGCUCACCAAGCCUGGGACAGGGUCAGCCAGCGCCAUGUCCUGCUGGAGACAGGAAGGGACAGACGCAGGCCCAGGAGGUGGAGGACAACUAGAGGAGGGCCACACCGGGGAUCUGAAGGGCGCUGUCCUCACCCUCUCCCUGUCCCUCCUCUAGGGACCCUUGGAGCCAGCCUGAGGGCCUCUUUGCCCCCUCCCUAGCCGCUUCCCAGUGGAUUGGAAAUGUGCCUUGCACCCCGGCCGGCCGGGCGGCCCGGAGCACAUCUAUUUCCAUCUCUGUAACAAGCUCGGAUCAGGGACCUAAUUGGUUUCCCAGUGGUGGGUAAUUUCUCGUUCCCAAUAUUAAUCCGCUGUUUUCUGGCUCCCAGCCCGCCGCACAGCGCUGUACUCCGCGCGUUCCUACGCAACCACCCGAGCCGCGCAUGCUUCCUGAGCUUCGCAGCGCAGCUAUGCAAAUGCGCUCUUCAUUGGGCGCGCGGGGCUGGUGCGAGGGAGGCAGUGGCUCCUCCCCAGCAGCUCCAGCUCUGCUGUAGUUUCCAGGCGCCCCUUGCUCCGGCUCCUCUGUGCCCAGCUGUGCCAGGCUCCCCGGACCUCGGGGCUCCCGGGAGAGCUUCCGCCUGGGGAGUCAGGAGCUGAGCAAACCAGUUCUUAGCACCAAAACCAGUGUCCGGGCUUCAAAGGGAGCCCCCCACCCCCACCCCCGCCGCCUGGGGCGAGGGUAACAGAUUUAUCGGGAGCCCCUGCAAACACAGCCCGAGCUGUCCCCACGGCCCACGGUUGGCGUUUAUAAUAAUUGUCCGUACCAUGCAAUUUAGGAGGGAAGAAAAAGCUGUACAGGCAUUAACUCUAAAAUAAAUUUCUAUUUUUUUUCUCUUGCAAAAUCAAUAAAAGAUGUUAU